AUGCACCAAACUAGAAGCUCUUCUUUCUUUCUCCUCUCUUCGACCACAAUACAGAGCAAAUCUUCAAGCUCAGACAUGGCUUUCCACCAAAGAUCGACAAGUUUGCCUUCUAGGCCUCACGUCAGUGAGACCGAAGUUGAGCUAGAGCUUCAGAGCCUAGAAGCAAGCAUCUCUUCCUCUAAUUCCAUCAGCACGAUGUGCGAUGGUCUCAGGACUCUUGCAAACAUCUACGAUGGUCUUGAAGAAAUCAUCUUCCUACCAAGCAACCAAGUUUGCUCCUCCGAGCAGAGGAGCAUGUUGGAUGGAGAAAUGGACGGUUCUCUUGAGCUGCUAGAUCUCUGCAGCGCCAUGCAAGAGAUCUUCGUUGAGAUGAAGGCCAUCAUCCAAGAGCUGCAAGUGGCUCUAAGGAAAGGUGAUGACGCAACUACUCAAGCCAAGAUCCAGUCCUACACCCGCUUGGUGAAGAAGUCCAAGAAUCUUUUCAAGAAGACCGCGAAGAAGGCUUCUGCAGAUUGUAGCAUGGUCAUGCUGUUGGCCAAGGCAAGAGAGAUAUGCAUCUCUCUGUUGGAGUCCACACUCCAUCUCUUGUCGACGCAAAUUGAAAUGCCAAAGCAGUCUCUUGUCUGCAGGGCAUUUUACAAGAAGAAGGCAAUUGUCUGCAAGGAGGAGCAAUUGCAGGAGUUAGAGUGCAGUAUCGAAGAUCUUCAGAAUGGAGCAGGAGAUCUGUUCAGGAAAUUGGUCCAGAACAGAGUUUCUCUUUUAAACAUUCUUAGCUCAUAG